AUGACGUCGGGGACGAGACUGCCGACAUGGAAGGAGAGGGAGAACAACAAGCGGAGGGAGCGGCGCCGGAGGGCAAUCGCCGCCAAGAUCUUCGCUGGCUUGAGGAUGUACGGUAAUUACAAGCUCCCCAAACACUGUGAUAACAACGAGGUUCUCAAAGCUCUGUGUAAUGAAGCUGGUUGGAUCGUUGAAGAGGAUGGAACAACUUAUAGAAAGGGAUGCAAGCCUGUGGAACAUACGAAUACCAUGGGUGCUUCAGCAACAGUAAGCCCUUUCUCAUCAUACCAACCAAGCCCAGGAGCAUCUUUCAAUCCGAGCCCCUCGUCAUCUUCUUUUCCGAGCCCAGUCUCAUCACAUUAUGCUAGUAAUAUCAUUAACACUGCUGAUCCUAAUUCCCUUGUCCCAUGGCUUAAAAAUUUGUCUUCUGGCUCCUCACCCCCUCCAUUCAAGCUACGGCACAUAUGCAUCCCUGGAGGUUCUAUUAGUGCUCCUGUCACCCCACCAUUGAGCUCGCCUACUGCUCGUACGCCUAGAAUGAAGGCCAACUGGGAUAAUCUGACUGUUGAUUCAGCCUGGGGAGGCCAACACUAUCCAUUCCUACCCUCUUCUUCUCCACCAAGUCCAGGUCGUCGAACUCCGCCUGAUUCUGGAUGGCUUUCUGGUGUGCAAACUCCCAAUGAUGGACCUUCUUCUCCUACAUUCAGCCUGGUCUCAGCAAAUCCAUUUGGCCUUAGGGAGCCAUUUUCGAAUGGGGGGUCUCGUAUGUGGACCCCGGGGCAAAGUGGGACAUGCUCUCCUGCUGUUCCAGCGGGCAUUGACCAAACUGCUGAUGUUCCCAUGUCAGAUGCAAUUGCGGCCGAGUUUGCAUUUGGCAGUAACACAAGGGGACUAGUGAAACCGUGGGAAGGAGAGAUAAUCCAUGACGAAUGCGUUCCCGAUGAUCUUGAGCUCACUCUUGGGAACUCAAGCACCAGAUAG